AUGGUAGCCGGCAUGGCCUGGCUGCAAGCCUGGAAAAGAACAUUAGAAGAUGCACAGGAAGCCACUCCUGUAAAAAAGCAGCGCUCUUCUCCAGUGGCCCAGACCAAAAAGCCAUGGAAAAAACCCCAAACUCACAUCAAAGGAACUGGGCUACCAGUAUCAUCCCCGGAGAAGCUUUCGUCUGAAGCCAGAGCAGGCGACAUUAACAAGAGACCUUUUGUAAAGACUUCCAGCCUUUUUAAAAACAAUCCAGAAAUCCCCCACAUUCAGAGAACUGUGGUGAAACAAGUUCAAGAGGAGAUUUUCACCUCAGAUUCCUUUGACCAGCUGGAUCUCCACCCUCACUUGAUUUCAACAAUAUCCUCAUCCUUGAAAAUAUCGAGCAUGACCAGUGUUCAGAAGGAGGCCAUUCCCACGUUGCUACAAGGAAAGGAUGCUCUGAUCAGAUCACAGACGGGCUCAGGAAAGACCCUUGCCUAUAGCAUCCCCCUCAUACAAUCCUUACAAAAACUGGAGUCCAAAAUCAAGCGUAGUGACGGACCAUAUGCCCUUAUCCUGGUUCCAACUAGGGAGCUAGCUCUACAGAGUUUUGAAACCCUCCAGAAGCUCUUAAAGCCAUUUACCUGGAUUGUGCCAGGAGUCUUGAUGGGGGGCGAAAAGAAGAAAUCGGAAAAAGCCAGAUUGCGCAAAGGAAUCAACAUCCUCGUGGCAACUCCUGGACGGCUGGUGGAUCACAUCACAUCUACCCAGUGCAUCCACUUCCGCUGUAUCCGGUGGCUGAUUCUGGAUGAGGCUGACAGAAUUUUGGAUCUGGGCUUUGAAAAGGCCGUGGCCGCGAUAUUAAACGCGGUCAAUGCAGCCAGCCCGAAACGGCAAAACAUUCUUUUAUCAGCCACACUUUCCGAAGGGGUCUCGAGGUUAGCUCAUAUUAGCUUGCAAGACCCGGCCUGCAUUUCGGUGGCGUCAGAAGCCCUGGCUUCAAAUGCGUCGCGGGAAAAAGACCGCCUUCUGGACGUUGUGGCCGUUCUUCCUGCGCAGGAGCAGCGAGGCAGUUUUGCCGUGCCCGAAAAACUCCGCCAGAACGUGGUGAUGGUCCCAGGCAAGCUAAGACUAGUGACGUUGGCGGCUUUCCUGUUUGGGAAAUUCAAGUUCGAAAAACGCCACAAGGUGAUUGUUUUCUUCUCGAGCUGCGAGCAGGUGGAGUUUCACUACGUCCUCUUCCAAAAAGUGUUAUGUGAGGAAUCCGGGGGUGAAGCAUCAGGGUUAGCACCAGCCCCUCCUUCUCCGUUGACCUUCGCACGUUUGCACGGUGACAUGAAACAAGAGGAGAGAUCGUCCGUGUUCCAGGCUUUUCUGCAGUCAAAGACCGGGGUGUUACUCUGCACGGAUGUUGCUGCUCGCGGUUUAGAUCUGCCUCAAGUCACCUGGAUUGUGCAGUAUAAUCCACCAGCUUCGCUCGCGGAAUACGUCCACCGAGUCGGGAGGACAGCCCGAAUUGGCAGCCCUGGAAACAGCCUGCUCAUCCUUUUACCUUCAGAGGCCGAAUAUGUCAGCUUUCUGGCUUCGUACAAGAUUAACAUUGCAGAGAUAAAAAUGGAGCAGAUUUUGUCUAACUUAAUGAAAGAUGACCGUUUCAAAGGAAACCAGGGGAGAUACCAGAAGAGCCAGCAGGGAGAGUUACAGGAAAUACACCGAAGAGCCACCGUGAUGCAGACCGAAUUUGAGGAUUUUGUCCACUCCGGCGCCAAAACCCUCCGAGGGGGCAAAAAAGCCCUGCAGUCCUUCAUUCGCUCGUACGCCACCUACCCCGCCAACCUCAAGCCCAUCUUCCACAUCCGGGCUCUGCACUUGGGUCACGUGGCCAAGAGUUUUGGACUCCGCGACGCUCCUGGGAAUCUCGGCGCUGCUGCCGGAGCCUCGCGGCCGGGAAAGAAGCAGAAAAGGAGAAUAAAAGCUUUCUCACUUUCGUUUCCAGAAAUCCGGGUCCGGUCUUCCCGGCUCGGCUUUGAAGAGGAAGAGGAAAAAAGGGCUAAGAAAAUUGGGAGAGCAGAAUUCUCCCAGCUGAUCUGGGAGCUCUCGAUGGCUUGUGUGGACAGGAUUGGGAAACGGCUGGAAGAAGAGGGGAGACACAACCUCAGGAAUGACAGUGCCCUUUUCAGUCUAGAAGAGGAAAUCAGACCAACCAGUUUCAACCAGAAAUGUUCCUCUCCUCCUGAUCUAGAAGAACAGACCAACCAGGUUCAACCAGACAUGGCCCCCUUUCCUCUUGAUCUAGAAGAGACCAACCAGGUUCAACCAGAAAUGUUCCCCUUUCCUCCUGAUCUAGAAGAACAGACCAACCAGGUUCAACCAGAAAUGUUCCUCCUCCUGAUCUAG